AGAAGCAGCGCAGUGGCGUAGCUUCUGGUACACACACGCACACACGUGGGCAACAGAAGACGAAAACCCCCAAACGAUAUAGAAGCCGAGCCCCUGACGUAGCCAGUCGCAGGCACACAGGCAAGUCACAGGCUGGCUGGCAGAAUCGUGGUGAAUUUUGCACACAAUAACAAGCAAGCGGCCCACCAACUGUGUUGAGUUUCAGUCGGCUUGCCUUUGGCCGCGACGCGAUGCGGCUCUGUCGCGCUGCUCGCUCGCUCUUUCAGUCUUCAUCAUCGUGUGUGGGAGUGAACAACUAUUGAACGCGUGUGUGCUCCGCAGAGCGCUCUAGUAGCGCCCCGUAAACUUUGCGUGCGUUUGUGUAUUUGUGACUGUAUAUGUGUGUGUACAUUUUCGCUGGCUCCUCGAAUUUAUAUGAACAAAUAAUUAAACACAGAAAAAGUGAAAAGUGAGUAAGAGAAUUGAGAACGAACACUGAUUAGAGCUCUCUGAUUUACACCAAGUACAAGUGCAAAUAAAACAGAUUUUGUGGCGAUGUCCACCGCCGAAACGGGGUCGUCGCCUGGCAAAAGCAACAGCAACACCAACACUAGCAAUAACAACAACAAUAGCAGCAGCAAUGGCAAUAGCGUCACUACAAGCGGCAAUGUGAAUCCGAAAGGUGUGCAGCGUCGACAAUUGCGCGAGCGCAAACAACGCAAACUUUACCUUGAGGAAUGGACACUGGGUGAUGAUGAUGGGGAGGGGACGCGCGGCUUCAGUGUGGCCGAAAAGCUCGAGUCCUCCAAGUUUGCACAGGCCGGCAUGGUACGGGAAAUGCGCGGCAGCGAUCUAACAGUCGCUUUUCUACAGCAACAUGGAUUCAACAUACCCUUGUUGUUCAGGGAGAAAAGCGGCUUGGGGCUGCGCAUGCCAGAUCCUCAAGAGUUCACAGUGAACGAUGUGCGAUUGUGUGUGGGAUCGCGUCGUCUGCUGGAUGUCAUGGACGUCAACACGCAAAAGAAUCUGCAGAUGACAAUGAAGGAAUGGCAACAGUACUAUGAUAAUCCGCAAAAGGAUCGAUUGCUUAAUGUCAUAUCGUUGGAGUUCUCGCACACACGACUCGAUCACUUUGUGCAGAGUCCGGAGAUUGUGCGACAAAUCGACUGGGUCGAUGUCGUCUGGCCCAAGCAGUUGAAGGAUGCACAGAAAGAGAGCACCAAUCUGCUUGGCGGCAUGAUGUAUCCCAAAGUGCAAAAAUAUUGCCUCAUGUCGGUGAAGAAUUGUUACACCGAUUUCCAUAUUGAUUUUGGUGGCACUUCGGUCUGGUAUCACAUCCUCAAGGGUAGCAAAGUAUUUUGGCUCAUUCCACCCACCGAUCGCAAUCUGCAGCUCUACGAGAAGUGGGUGUUGUCCGGCAAACAGGCGGACGUCUUCUUUGGCGAUAUGGUGGAGAAGUGUGCUCGCGUUUAUCUCACAGCGGGCAACACAUUCUUCAUUCCCACCGGCUGGAUACAUGCCGUCUAUACACCCACGCAAUCCCUUGUCUUUGGCGGCAACUUUCUGCACUCCUUUGGCAUUGUGAAGCAACUGAAGACGGCCAGCGUUGAGGAUAACACGAAGGUGCCGCAAAAGUUUCGAUAUCCCUUCUUCACCGAGAUGCUGUGGUAUGUCCUGGCACGCUAUGUCUACACGCUGCUCGGCCACUCGCAUUUGGAUGGGGAGCCGUCGGCCAGUGAGACGGAGAUGGCCGCUCGUCCACACACACAUCUGACACACUAUGAGCUCUUUGGGCUCAAGGAGAUUGUCAUGUAUUUGUACGAUUUGCAGCCACAGAAGAAGAAUGUGCCCAGCUUGGUGCUGGAUCCGGUGGCGCUGAUCAAAGAUGUGCGCACAUUGGUGGAACGGCACUGCAAGGAUCAGCAGGAUAUGGCCGUAACAGGCAUGUCUGUGCUACGUCUCGCUGCCGAGCAGCAGCCACACUUUCAACUGUACGAUCGGACGCGCGUCAAGCAAGAGAUCAAGCAGGAGAUCGCUCGCAAGAAUGCGGAGGUUAUACGCGAGCAACAGCAGCUGGAAGCGGCCAGGGAGGCCGAGUCGGAGGCUGUCAGCAAUCCCACCAACAAUCCCUCGAGCACCAACAGCAGUGGAAGUGGCAGUGGUAGCGGCAGCAACAGCAAUAAUAUCGCCAGCAGCAACAACAACAACAGUUACAGCAACAGCGGAGCUGGAGUCGAGUACAGCAAUGGAGUGCUUAAGAAGGAGCAGUUGGAGAACGGAAGCUCCAAUGCGCAGCCAGAAGCCACCUUUGUGCUGCCCACGGAUACGCUCAAGUAUCGACCGCCGAAGAAGAUGCAUCUUGCAAAUGCUGUGGCAGCUGCCGCUAGUAGCAGCAACAGCAAUAGCAGCAGCAGCAAUAACAACAACAAUAACAGCAGCAACAGCCCCACAAAUAUCGCUGGUCACAGCAAUGCAGUCAGCGUAAUUGCCACCAGCUCUGGUUAUGUGGAUGGCGCCGCCGCAGUUGGAGGAGGGGCUGGAGGAGGAGGAGGAGGUGCUGGCGGUAGCCUGGACAAUUGUCCGUCGCCAGGUGAAGCGGGCGCCAAAUUGUCGCCGCAUCUAACGGGAACUGGGCAGCCGCGACGCCGAAGAACGCGUUGCAAGAACUGUGCCGCCUGUCAGCGUUCGGACUGCGGCACUUGUCCCUUUUGCAUGGACAUGGUCAAGUUUGGUGGCCCGGGCAGAGCCAAACAGACGUGUAUGAUGCGACAAUGUCUAUCGCCCAUGUUGCCGGUGACAGCGCAGUGUGUCUACUGCCAUCUGGAUGGCUGGCGACAGACGCCAGUGUCGCCGCAGACGAAACAGCUCGCCUCCCUUGAGGGUCCGUCGGCGUUGAUGGAGUGCUCCGUUUGUUAUGAGAUUGCCCAUCCGGACUGUGCGCUGUCGCAGCUCGAUGGCACUGAGGAUGCGGCCGAUGCCAAGGGCUUUGUCAACGAGGAUCUGCCCAAUAGCUGGGAGUGUCCCAGCUGCUGUCGCUCGGGAAAGAACUACGACUACAAACCACGACAUUUCCGUGCACGGCAAAAAUCAUCCGAAGUGCGACGCGUGUCCGUUUCGCAUGGCAAUAAUGCUGGCGAGGCUCACGAGACUGGCGGUGGAGGUGGAGGAGGAGGUGGAGCGGGUGGCGCACCUGGUGGUAAUCUAUUGCCACCGCCAGUGGGACAAUACAAUGACUUUGUGUUUACCAGCGAGUCGGAGAUGGAAUCGGGCAGUAGUGGCAUGCACACGACCCACUGGAAGCAUGGCCUGAAGCGUCACCAUCAGCUGGAGGUGAAGACGGAGCGCAUUAACAGCUGUGAUACGCCUUCGCCGGGCAUAUCGCCGAAUGCGUCUGUGGGCGACAAGGUGAAGCGACGCAAGAGCGAUGAUGGCACCAGUGUCAGCAGCAGCAUGCACGAGAGCAACGAUGCACCCUGCUCCAGUUCCAUGGAAUGUGGUGCGGGUGGCACGGCAGCAUCAAAUGCGGCAGCCUCUGGUCAUGGUGGCGGAGGUGGAACUGGCGGUGGCGGUGGGGGGUCACGCAAGAAGAACUCGAUACGUUCCCAGUUGGCGCAACAGAUGCUCAACUCAUCGACGCGUGUGCUGAAGAAGCCGCAGUACGUGGUGCGUCCGACACCGUCGUCGGGCUCCUCCUCGCUGGGCAACUCGUCGGGUGUCAGCAACGGCGCCAGCAAUGGCCUCAACAAUAGCGCUGGCAGCAAUGCGACGGGCACAGCGGGAACUGGCGGCGGCAGCGGUGCAGCUGCAGUGUCCAGCAAUGGCGCCAAUGGACACCACAAUCAUCAUCAUCAUCAGCAGCAACAUCAUCACCACCAUCAUCAUCAUCAUCACAAUAAUAGCAGCAGCAGCGGGAACAACAGUUCACAGAAUCUGGCAUUGGAUGCAACGCUUUUGAAGAUCAUCUUUCGGUAUUUGCCCCACGAGACGCUCGUCACGUGCUGCUCCGUGUGCAAGGUGUGGUCGAAUGCGGCCGUCGAUCCUGAUCUCUGGAAGCGCAUGAAUUGCGCCGAACUGAAAAUAUCCGCAUCACUGCUGACGGCAAUUGUGCGACGACAGCCCGAGCAUUUGAUCUUGGACUGGACGCAGCUGGCGAAGCGGCAAUUGGCCUGGCUGGUGGCCCGUCUGCCGGCGCUUAAGAAUCUCUCGCUGCAGAAUUGUCCCAUCCAAGCGGUGCUGGCGCUGCACACAUGUCUCUGUCCCCCACUGCAGAUACUCGAUUUGAGUUUUGUGCGCGGCCUCAACGAUGCUGCCAUCCGGGACAUUUUGUCGCCGCCAAAGGAUUCACGGCCCGGUCUCAGUGAUUCAAAGACACGACUGCGCGAUCUCAAGAUGCUCAAGCUCGCUGGCACAGAUAUCUCGGAUGUUGCGGUGCGUUACAUUAUGCAAUCGCUGCCCCAUCUCAAGCACUUGGAUCUGUCAUCGUGCCAGCGCAUUACCGAUGCGGGUGUUGCACAAAUUGGCACAUCGGCGACGGCAAUCAAUCGCUUAGCUGAGCUCAAUUUGAGCGCAUGUCGUCUGGUCUCUGAGAAUUCGCUGGAGCAUCUAUCCAAGUGCGAGAGUCUGGUGUGGCUCGAUCUGCGGCAUGUGCCGCAAGUGAGCACACAGUCCGUGAUAAGAUUUGCUAGCAAUUCGAAGCACGAUUUGUGCGUCAAGGAUAUCAAGCUGGUGGAACGACGUCGUCUCUCGCUCACCAAUAACUGGCAUGACUGAGUAACGACGACUACGCGAGGAGAGCGAGGGUGACGAUGACGAUGGCAGCGGCAAUCCUAGACACAUA